GAAGAAGAGAAUCUGAAGAUGAUUAGUGUAGUUGUAAUCAUGCAGCCUAGAGUACCAGCUUUUGUGCUUCUCCUUUGUUCAUUUGUGAACGUUUGCUUCUCCGAAGAGAAGUCGUGCUCGCGUUAUGACUUCCAGGAGAAAAUACUCGAGAAAGUGUUGAGAAUGGAAUUCGAAUUUAAAGAAAUGCAAAAGAACGUAAACGUCGCGCAAAUUGCUGUGGACACGUCCGUAAAAUCAGCCGAAAAUCAAAUAGAAGAGCUAGAAGGGAAGACAGACAAGUUCAUGGAAAAUCUUGCAGCGAAAAUGAAGGCCUUUGAUGACCUGUACAACACAAGCCGACCUGCACACGGACCUGAAACAUGUCCAGAUGGAUGGAUCUACUUUCAGAAUUCAUGCUACACAUUUGGAAAAGAUGCUGUACAGUUCUACGAGGCUCAGAGGUAUUGCAAACAGUUUGACGCCGGUCUUGUGAAUAUAGAGAGUUCUGUUGAGAAUUUCUUUCUCCGAAAUUUUCUGAAAGAAUUGAAAGCACCAAAUCACUGGAUCGGUUUGACUGACGUAGAACAGGAAGGUGACUGGAGGCACUAUCCGUCUUUGAAAGAGGUCACUUUCUUUGAUUGGGGGAAGCACCAACCCAACAAUGGAAGAGUGUCCAACUGUGCCGCGUUCUGGGAGAGUUUUCAACAUCUUUGGGUCGACGAACCAUGCACCAACAAAUUUCGACCUCUCUGUGAAAUGAAACUCAACUCAAGUGAAUAAUAUCUUUGCUUCUAUCAAGCCGACACUUAUGUAACCAGACAUUAAUCUAUUUCUAUCAAAUGAUAAAGUCUGUUUUCGAUAAUAAAAAUGUGAUUCAGAAUGACUAUUUUGUUUUUGCUAUAAUGUUAAAGCGAGAUAACUGUUCCUUCUGCAGUGU